UGUAGUGCUUCUUGGCACAAUAGACCAGGUCUACGCCUAUUUUAAACGAGACAGCUUCUCUGUUAUGUCUCGAAUAUUAAAUUAGUCAAUUUCUUGGCUGAUAUUGUUGGGUUGGUGAUGUGUCUCAAUAAUUAAAUACUGCUGGGCACCCAUAAUACUCUACAACAUGAAUACCGCCAAACUAUUUGUUUCUGGGAUUAUAUUUAAAGAACAUUUGUUGCAUGGUUGCACCAGAGUAGUUGCAGAGUCUGUUGAACUGGAAAAAUUACUUGAAUUUACCUAAGAGAUUUAUAAUUUAGUCAAAUUGAUGGAAACCUUCAUUGAACCUUGAUUUUAGCAAAAAUGAACCACUGAGUGAUGAAGUUUGGCAGCACUAAGUCAAAGCCACACAUGCUUUAGUAAUGGUUUUGGAAAAUAUGAUGGUUAUGGCCGCAUCAUAUUGGCAUUGUUGUCAUUCUACUAUAUGCCCACCAAUUAUAUUAUGGCAGCAGCAAUGUACAUUCUGUCUGGCUUCCUGGAUGCUUUUGAUGGCCAUGCUGCCAGACUUCUUAAUCAAGGCACAAAAUUUGGUGCAAUGUUGGACAUGUUGACUGACCGCUGUGGUACCAUGUGCUUGUUAGUGACACUGAGUCACUUCUACCCUCAGUACAUGUUCCUGUUUCAGCUCUCCAUGACCAUUGAUAUAUCCUGCCACUGGCUCCAUCUCCACACGACUGUGAUGGCUGGCCGCUCUAGCCACAAAGGAGAGGAAGCUAAUCACAACCCUAUUCUGCGCAUAUAUUAUUCUUCCCGCCCAGUCCUCUUCAUUAUGUGUGCAGGAAAUGAACUCUUUUAUUCAGCACUUUACCUUCUUCACUUUACUGAAGGGCCCAUUAUUGCAGGUGUUGGUCUUUGGCGUAUAAUGUCCUUUGGUUUGCUACCCGUUGGAAUUCUGAAGUCUGUUCUAGCACUUAUGCAAGGUUAUAAUGCAGCACUUAGCCUUGGAGAAAUUGAUGUCUGUGAACGGCAGGAAACUUCUCAGAAAAACAAAUAAAACUAAACUAUUUUAUGUAUUUGACUUGGCUCUUAAGUCAUGGAAACAUAAAACCAAUAUAUUUUCAAAUUUCAAUUAAUCAUAAAUAUUAUGGAUGCAGUGUGUUGGGUAUAUAAAAUAAAGAUUUAUAACACCUGUAUUAAUGGUAGUGAACAUUACGUUUAUGUUUAUUCUCAAUAGCACUACUGAGAGGUGCCCAAAAUAUAUCACUGCCAAAUAAUAAAACAUGAUGUAAAUGUGUUAAUAUAGCAGGACAGCAUGAGGGAGUAAAGAAACAAAAAUAUAUACCGGUGUUUUAUAAUACAGGUACUCGAUAUGCCUGUAUCUAUACACAGUACUACCGUAGUUCUAUAUGGCAGUAAAAAAUGGUCUUUAAUAAAUAGCACAUUUACUAUCAGUGGAGGUAACAACUUCAAAAAAGGUAAAGCUGCUGAUCUUGCAUUCAUUAAAAACUUACUGUUUGGGUAAAACUGAGAAUAAAAUUAGAAUAAAUUAUUGCAAAACAUAUGUUGGCCUAUUAGUUUAUUUAAGUUUUUGCAAAAUUUCAUAAUUUUUCUUUUAAGAUGUGAAUGAACUUUUACCAAAUACUGUACUGUUUAAUGACUUGAAAUUUCUAAUUAUUUGUUGUUAUCUUUACCAUUGAUAAUAAUUCCUUAUAACAUUAUAACACUGAAAGAUAGGAAAUCCUGUUCUGAGCGAUAAGAGUGUCUGGAUAUUAAAAAUACAGUACGUACUCUAAAUAUCCAGCAGUCCUCCUAGUUCAGAAUAGGGUUUCCAAUCUUUCAGUGUCACAUUGUUAAAAACAAUUCCUACUCAUGGUGCAGGAGAAAUAAGCUGUGAUGAUUUGGGCAUAUGGAGUGAGUGGAAAAGACCAAUUGGGUUCAAAUCUUUCUCUUCUUUUAUCCUCUUCAUCACUGAUCGGCUCGUUAGCCGCUUGGUCACGUCUCUGUCACAGACUGUUGGCAAGUACUAGUCAUGUACUGGCUCUCUGUUACCCACUGUUGGCAGGUA